CGGCCACCUCACUGCGGGUCCCGGCUGCCGCCGCGGGGGAGGGGCGGAAAGAUGGCGGACGUGGUCGUGGGCAGAGACAAGUGUGGGGAGCAGCGCCUCGUGUCACUGCCCCUGUCCCGCAUCCGGGUCAUCAUGAAGAGCUCCCCCGAGGUGUCCAGCAUCAACCAGGAAGCACUGGUGCUCACCGCUAAGGCCACGGAACUCUUUGUUCAAUAUCUAGCCACCUACUCCUACAGACAUGGCAGUGGAAAAGAAAAGAAAGCACUUACUUACAAUGAUUUAUCAAAUACUGCAGAAGAAUCGGAGACUUUUCAGUUUCUUGCAGAUAUAUUACCAAAGAAGAUAUUAGCUAGUAAAUAUCUGAAAAUGCUUAAGGAGAAGAGGGAAGACGAGGAGGAGGAGAAUGACGACAGUGAUGAAAGUGAUGACGACGAAGCAGAAUCCUAAACCAAAAAAAAAGGUGCUUUAAAAGUCAGCCUGGAGAAGACCCUCCCGGCUCAGCACCAGUGCUCUGAAGGACGCACCGACUUUAGGCUCCUCACUUUCCAGAGACUUCAAGUACACUGGAUUUUUUCCUGGCUGAGACAGACCAGAAAUAGCCAGAAGCAAAGCAAGCAGACAGCAGCCUCUCCUUGGUAGACCUCACUCUGGUUGGAGGGCACCAAGAAAGAGCUGUCUGCACAUCAGGCACUGCCAGUCUAUCUGCAGCUAUAAGCUAUAGAGGCAAGGACAGUUUUGCUUAACUUUCUAAUUUACAGAUAGAUUUUGAGCUGCUAAAUAUCAGUUAUGUAAAUUCUUACAUGUAUAUUUUGAAAGGAGUUCUUCGAAACAACUAGAUCCAGUUUUAGCUAAAUAUGUAGUUUGUUACCGUUUGUUAACCUUUUGUUACGUUGUCAUAUGUAGGAUGUUACAUUUGAAUUUUUACAUUUCAAGAAAAUUUGAAUCUCUGUCUGAAGACUGCAUUUUUUAAACUGUAAAGACAAACCUUUAUUAAAAAGCUGUACAUAUUUUUACAGUAAGAUGCUUUAUGGAACUAUUUUUAGAACCCUCUGUUUUUCUAAUGCCUUGAUUAUUACCUGAGACUUGUGAAAUUUAAAAAUAAGCAUCUUUAGUACUUUUAUUCCUAGAGAAAAAUUUCAAGUCAAAUUAUAAAUACAAAAAGAAAUAUUAUCUCUGCAUAAGCAUGUUUUCUUAAAAAGCAUUUUAGAACAUUUCGUAUAUUGAAGAUCUAUCUCAUUUUACUGUUCCUUUCUUCAUACCCAGAGUAAUUGCUUUUACUAUGCAUAGGGGAAAACCAUGAGGCCUGUAUUUUUUCACAUAGGAUAGAUUUUUGGCUCUUGUCUUUUUAAUCUCUCUCUAAAAAAAAGUAUUUACAUCUAGUAAAAUAGUCCUUCACAUUUAAUCGGUUGGUUUGUAAGCAGUCGGUACACAGAUUAGUUCCAUGACCCCAAGGGUUCCCGGGACCCCUUGGAGUUAGUCCCUUCCCGUUCCCAGGUAACCACUGAUGUUUUCUGGCUCUCGUUUUUAAAAUAUGUUUUAAAAUAAAAUUUUAAAAUCUACUUUGGGUGUACAGUUCUGAGUUUUGACAAAUGCAGAGUCAUGUAACCACCACAGUGAAGAUAAAAUAGUUUUAUCAUUGUUUCAUUUAUCCAUAGUUUUAUCAUUGUAUCAUUUAUCAAUAGUUUUAUCACUGCCCGCAAUCUCCUCAUGGUCAAAGUCAUUCCCACCCUUUACCUUGGCAACCACUGAGCUGUUGUCUGCCCCUGUAUCCAGUCUGCACUCUGCAAAGGACAAUAUAGAAAAUAGUUGAAGUGCUGUGGGCUAUGUAAUCUCUGUCACAACUACUGAACCUGCCGCUGGACCAAAACAGCCAGAGAGAACAUCUAAAGGAACGGGCGUGGCUGCAUUUCAAUGAAACCAUUUCUGGACACUGAAACGUGAGUUUUGUAUAGUUCCCAUGGAUCUUGAAGUGUUCGUUUGGUUAUUUUCAACCAUUUUAGAAUGUAAAAACCGUUCUUGGUCUAUAGGCCACACAAAAACAGUAAGUAGGCUGGCUUCGGCCCACAGAGCAUGGUGGGCUGACCUGUCUCCAGUGUCCUAUCAAUGGAAUCACACAGGAUGUAACCUUUGCGGAUGGCUUUUUAUAUUUAGCGUAACGCAUUUGCGUAUUAUCGUGUUGCAGGUUGCCAGGGGCCGAUUCCUUUUUAUUG